UGAGGCCCGAACCAGGCCCACGCUUGCUCAGUUGCUUCUGCCUCCGACCACGCCGCCGACGACGAGCGCAACCUCACGAGACGACACCACAUCCGCAGGCGCAGAUCUGAGCGUGAGCGAGAGAGAGAGAUCGGUGGAGAGAUGGCAGGGAGGCUGACCGCGAUGGGGUCCCGCGUCCUUGGCGGCCACGGCGCCGCCGCACGCGCCGCAGCGUCCGCGCUGCGGCACCGCGCCGGCAUGGGCCUCCCCGCCGGCAGGCACAUCGUUCCCGACAAGCCCCUGCCGACGAACGACGAGCUGGUGUGGGACAACGGAACGCCCUUCCCGGAGCCCUGCGUCGAUCGCCUCGCCCCGCACAUCGGCAAGUAUGAGGCGCUGGCGUGGCUGUGCGGAGGGCUGAGCUUCUUCGCGGCUCUCGGCCUGGCUGCCGUUGCGAACGACAAGGCCUCCAAGAUACCAUUUACUCCAAAAAUCUACCCUUACGACAAUUUGAGAGUGGAACUUGGUGAUAGACAAUGAAGACUAUUUUCACUGUUUCAAGUGUUGCGAGGAACUGAGCUUGCGCGCAUCCUUCACAGGAGAAAACUGGCAUUUUAUGAAGUUUUUUGUCGUCGUGGUUGUUCGUGCUAUAAACCAUGUUCAUGUAAUUUGCUGAGUCGAGAUAAUUGAUCCCAGUUUGCGCAGCUCUCAUCCAACAAUCCAUGUAAUAAACAGACCUAGAGUAUCUUGCUGAUUUCAGCUGUAUCAUGGUGUUCUGCGCGAAUGUUUCCCAACUAAGUGCAGUCAAUCAUAUACCCUUUGUGGUACUUAUUUGACUUGAA